GAGAGAGGGAAGUAGGGAACUAUAGAUAAGAAGAAACCCUAAAUCCCGAAGCAGCUAGCUACAAAUCUCACAGAACACACAUCACUCGCUAGCUCGCCGUUGAACCAUGGUCGUCCCUCUUAGUUCCGUUCCUCCAUCUCGUGAAGGGUUUUACGCAAUAAACAACCAGUUUCUAGUAAAUGGGCCAAAAGGGUUCUAUGAGUACAAGCAGCUGGAGAACGAAGACAUGUUCGUUCGGAUGGAUCUUCCCGGCGUUCCAAAAGAUGGUGUGAGGAUCUCUUUUGACCAGUCCAAGAAAGCUGUUUGUAUAUUCGCCGACGCACCCAAGGAACACAAAUACGACUACUCUCCCCGGAACUACGGUACCACCACCGGACUCGUCUGCAAAUGCUGUGAAGUCUCCGGCUGCACUUCCCACAUGUCCGACGGUGUUCUUAGGCUUCUCCUCACCAAGACCAAAAUCACUCCUCAACGCUCCUCCUGCAUCUCGUUUCUUGCUGACCCAGAAUCCGGAGAAGUGGUCAUAGUUCUCCGUGGCGAUGGUCCUCGCACCCAUGGCACAGAUCCUCAUGAUCCGAAGUUAACUGGUCGGAUAUUGAUGCCACACCCAUGUGUGAACUACGGAUCUGAGAUGGCUUAUGAGUCCAAGCAGCUUCAAAACGGUGGUCUAUACGUGCGUGUAGACAUGCCAGGCGUCCCUAAAGAGAACUUCACCGUCUCAGUCGUGAAUGGGAGAGUGAGAGUGACUGGUGAAGCUCCUGCUCUUAGCCAUGACUCAAGUGGACGUUUCUACUCUGGUGACGUAGCUAUGCUCUCAACUCCUGCCGUCAACAUUCCCAUCCGUUAGAUCAAAACCAUUGCCAAGAACGGUGUGAUCCGUUUAAUCAUCCCCCUCCUGUUUGAUAUUUCAUCAUCAUGAUGAUAGAAGCUAUGUUUUCUGUUUCUUUAAAUUCGUGACCAUUUGUGGACUUUCUUUAAGGAUUAUGGUCAUUAUAUUUUGAGCUAGCUUAUGUUAUCAACUUUGGAUAUGUUUUUUUAAAAAGACAAUUUUU